AUGAGCAUUGAAGGAGCCAUUAGAAUUGAAAAUAAUCGACGCUGGAGGGAAGAAAUUGCUUUCUUCGAGAUGCCGAUGGUAAUUCAAAUUAAUCUAAGCGAUUAUUCAAAUCUUCAUAUCGGAGCGAAAAAAUCUAUCAUGAGUGAGUCAAAAGCAAAACGAGUAGCUGGGAAAUGUCGCCAGACAAAAUCACUUGAAGACUUAUUGAGUGUGAUUGGUAGAGAAAUGAAGGAGAAAAGAAAUUGA